AUCGCUCUCGGAGUGAUGAACUCGAUUAAGAAGCUCUAUUCACGACGGGAAGUUGAAGAUUUUAUCAUUGAAGUCGAUAACACUGAAAUAAGAUGUCAUCGCUUCAUUCUCGCGUCAUGCUCUGAGUUUUUCUGUGGACUCUUUAGGUCAGGUAUGAGGGAAGUGACGUACGGCCGUGCUUCUCUGCAGGGUAUUUCUUGUGAAACUUUCCAUCUCAUCCUUCAUGCCAUCUACACUGCCAGUGACGUCAUAACUGAAGGUAACGUCAUUGCCAUCUGGCAUGCCUCAAAUCAGUUACAGAUUGACUUCAUGAUUGAGUUAUGUGAAAAGACGGUAGUUAAGAUGUUGUCAUUGGACAAUUUUGAAGAAGUCUACAGAAAUGCUAAGCUCAUUAAUUCGAGGCAAGUGUUAUGUGCCAUAAGGACAUUUAUGUGCGAGCACUUCGUACUUAUAAGAAAGAUGAAAACAUUUCUUGAACUUUCUUAUAAUGAAAUUGUGUCUUUGGUAAGUGACGACAAGCUUGUGGUAGAAUCUGAAGACCAAGUCCUGGAAUCAAUAAUGGAAUGGAUAGAACAUCCUGAC